UUGGAUGCUUCUGGCAGCAAUACAAAUCUAGCACCACCCAGGGAGGGCGUGUGUUUGCUUCUCCGCUCACUUCUGCCAGGAUAGAGGAAUGCUGGACACCUCGAGACAAGGGAGGUUGUAGCACACUGCUCUCCAGUCCCAUACCUCUGGCCUUCUCCUUUUGGGACACACAGAUGUCAGAAACUGAGCUAGAAAAGAUAAAAGUCAGAACAGCUGAGCAUUUCGAAAAUGACAAAAAUAACACUCCUUGGGUAAAGGAAGAUACACACCUCACAAAUGAAAAGCGUGCCGACGAGAAACCCAUUAAUGCUAUCGUUAUAAAUUCAGUAUCCGAAUUCAGUAUCACAGAUGGACCAGCCAAGGAAGCCCCCAAUGAGAAAAACCUGUCAGGAUCCAGUACAUCACUCUCAUCCCUCGAAGAAUGCCAAACGAAAUUUUCCUACCUCCAAACUGAUAAUUCAGUCCAUCAGAGAGACACUGACGAGCAGUGCGCCUCUCUCAUCCUUACCUGUCUCUUCUGCCAGUUUUGGGACUGCCUCCUAAUGCUCCCUGACACAUGCGAAGCAGUGUGCAUCAACCUAUGCUGCCCCUCUCAUAGGUACCACCAUGCCUCGGAUGAGAACCAUCCACGAAAUGACUGUAACUGCACCUGUGACAUGGACUGCAGCCUUUUUGAAUCCUGCCAUGAGACCAGCGAGUGCCUGGAACUGGCCAUGGAGAUCUCAGAAAUCUGUUACCGCUAG